GAAUAUCUCUCUCUUAAACAUGAACCUCUGAAACACUGCAGAAUUGAGGAGGAGGAAGUCACCCACCUCCAAAACCAUCGAUGGAGAGCCACCAUUCCCUCUUCCUCUUCUUUCUCCUUAGCCUUUUCCACAUCCAAUCAGGCAAUUCAGACAAAUGUCCACUGGACUUCAGCGAGUUCCCCUACGAGCCCGAAUGGAGUUGCUUCAACGGCACCGCUAACCCACAAAACCAGAAACCAUUAGCGGUUUCCUAUUGCUGCAACCUGGCACUAAAAGCGGUUUUCCAGGCCAUGGCACUCAACACCAACCGUACACGUGUCCUCUUCCUUGACCACGAUGAAGCCCGAUCAUGCACAAACCAAUUCCAAACUCUCUAUGCACACACCGAUUUCAGCACGUGCGAUAUCCAACGUGUAGUCUCUCCGGAUGAUGACACGUGCCCGAAACACGUGCAAAAGAUUGCUGAUAGACUCGGGGGAUUCCAGUCGAUACGGGAGGGGUGCGACGGAGUGAAAAUCGGUAAUUCCAGCGAGUCCGGGUGUAUUGGAUGUGUAAAUUCGUUUAACAAGGCUUUGGACGUGUUGAAAGGAGACGAUUCGCACGCGUGUGAGGAGGGGUUGCUUGUUGCGCUUGCGAGCUUGGAAGUGGGCUCCAAGGAAUGGGUGGAAGGGCUCUUCAGUUGCUUGUGGGACGAAAUUCGUAAGUUUCGUUUCGUUUCAUGAAAUUUUGGCCGAAAAAUGACGAAACUUGGGUAUGACUAUUAAUUACAUAAAAGAAAGCCCGAAAUAUACUGAUUUAGACAUUAUUUAUUGAGAGAUGAAUUUGCAAUCGGGUUUUGGUGCGGCAAUGUGGCCUUUAUUUUGUUUUGUAGUGGAGUUUGUACCUUACCAAAAAUACUGAACUUCUGACGAAAUUUUCCGAAAGUUUGCACAUAAUUACCGUGUUUUAUUUUGUUUUGAAAGAGUUAACAAACCGAGCGGACUCGGCUGAGUCCGGUACAGGUUCCAAAAUCCAAACAAAUGUAAGAAAUUGUUGGAAAUAGCCAAAAAUCAGAAAAAAGAAAAACAGAAAAAAGGAAUAAAAAUGGUCAAAAGCCUCAAAAGAGGUGAAA